CUUGACCCCAUCUCCUGAUGAAGUGGGCGUAAAAUAAUUUUUUUUAGAGUUUGAGCGAAACUCUCCACAGUCAUUCCAAAUAUUUGCCGCAAAUAUGUUUAAAAGGCUGCUUAAAAAGGACACGGAUAAGCCCCCUCCUGUCACACGCACACCGUCCGAGGCACAGGGGUUUCUCUGCCCAACAUGCAUGAAGAACUUCUCCAACGCUGAUGCCCUGCAGCAACACUUUGAGAAGGAGCACUCAGCUGCUGCACCUUCUCUCCCUUCUGACUCGGGGGAAGGUUUUGUGUGUCCAAUGUGCAAGGCAUCACUGCCAUCAGCAGAAUCCCUGCAGGAUCACUAUGUGGGAGUGCAUGAACAGAAAACCAGCGAAAACAGAGAUGGUGAUGUAUUUGCAUUAAGGAAAGAAAAUGAUGAACUCAGAAAAGCCCUCUCAGAGAAGUCAGGCAAAUCAAACAAGAAAAGCAAACCUGUAUCACAAGAGGACGAAGAUGAACUGGAGAUGAUGAAGCUACAAUUACGAGGCUCAGAGGAGGCCAGAACUCUGUUGAGUUCAGAAGUUCACCACCUCCAGGUAAAAAUCUCAGAGCUGUCCGGGGAGCUAGAUUCCAUAAGAGAGGAGAAAAACCAGUACCAAAACAAGGCGGGAGAACUGUCAACAGCAACAGUGAAUGCGAAAUCAAAGGCAGAUGAAUACGAGGCCCAGAAGAAUGCCCUGCAGGACCAUGUCAACUCUCUAAAGCAACAAAUUGAAGCCAAAGAGCAGUAUGUGACAGGCCUUGAACAGCAGUUGGCCACCAGGCCUGGCACUGAAGACGUUGCUGUUCUAAAGAAGGAGCUGAUCUCUGUCCAGACCCUGAUGGACCGCAUGGCUCAGGAGCAGGAGAAGGAGAAAGACAUAGCACAGGCUGAGUGUGAUAAACUACGGCAGCAGAUUCAGUUGUCUGAAAAGGAGUUUCAGAAGCUAAAAGAUGAGUUAUCUGGUGCCCCUAAAGCAGAGGAGAUCACUAGGUAUGUGGAGCAGGUUAAGAAGUUGGAAGCUGACCUUCAAAAGGCACCGAAAUCAGAGGAAAUGGCCAGACUAGAGACUUCUCUGAAAAAGUCUGAGGAUUCCUGCCAAGCUCUGGAGGAGAAGAUUAGCAAACAGGAUACAGAGACACGGGGACUGCUUGAGAAACAUGGACAGGUAAGCCAGAAACUUGAAGAUGCCCAGAGGGUUGUACAGGAAAGGGAGACAGCCAUCUCCAAGCUCAAGUCUAAACUGGAGAAGGCCACAAGUGAGCAGAGGGUGCUGCAGUCGGAGACAUCUGGGAAAACUCAGGAGCUGACGACACGGCUUGAUGAGCUGCAGAGGGAGUUGGAGGAACAGAAACGCCAAAAUGACAAACUAAAGGGAGAAAAGGACCAACUACAGACUAAGGUGCAAGAGUUUCAGGAGAAGGAGGAGGCUGUCGUGACAUCACUGGACGCUACAAGCAAAACAGUGCGCGACAAGGAGAGCGCCAUCUACCAACUGGAGGCGGAGAUCUCUAAACUGCAGGCAGAUAGGAAACAUAUGGAGAGUGACCUAGAAUCUGCGAAGAAGGAGAUAGAUGGUCUCCAAGCCAGUGUAAAGGAGGGUGAGGAUCGAACAGAGGGUUUGAAGACAGAGUUAGAACAGACUUCUUCUGAACUUAAACAGGCACAGAACCAGAUAGUUUUGAAAGAUGAACAGCUCAUACAUGUACAGGACACCAUGCUCAAGGGUCAGGAGAAGAGCAGUGUUGUGUAUCAGCAGCUCCAGGAGAAGUCGGUCAAGAUCACAGAACUGACCAGCACAGUGGACAGGCUGACUGGGGAACUGGACACACUCACUACCAGUGUGGAUGAGGCCAACAAGAAACUGGCAGACUCACAGGCUAAGAACAAGAGUUUGAAGGAGCGCUGUGAGGGAGAAGAAAAGCGGGCUGCUGGUUUGGAGAAAGAGAAAGCAGAAUUGAAGGCCGACCUACAGGCCCAGUUACAUGAGAAACAAAUCACUGUUAACAACCUCAACACAAAUUUGGAAAAGGUACAAGGCCAGCUAGGUGGCAGUAAGAUAGAAAGUGAUGAGUUGAACAAGACAGUGGCUGGUCUUCAGGAACAAAUUAAGCAACAGGUCACAAUAAAUGAUGAACAAAAGGACGAAAUUAGAAAACUUCAUAAUAAGCUUGAAGAAGGUGCACGGCAGCUGAAAGACAGAGAUGAGAGUAUCAAGGAUGUUCAAGGUCAGCUGUCUGGGCUGAAGACAGAGAUACAACAGCUAGGGAAUGAGAGAUCGGAACUAAUUGCCAAGAUUGAGGCUGGUGAGGGUGUUGAAACAGCAAUCAACCAAAUGAAGGAAGAAAAGAAAGGCCUAGUGGAGAAAAUCGCCCAGCUAGAGUCUCACCUGGCUUCCCAGUCUACUGAGGGCCGGCAACAGAGUGAGGCCCUUCAUGGUCAGAUACUGGGCCUCAAGGGGGAGCUGGACUCUGCCCAGUCACAGGUGGAGAAACUAAAGGGGGAAAAGAAGGGCUUGGAACAGAAUUUGAAGACUGCUGGGGAGAAAAUAUCAGGGCUGGAGGUUGCACUAUCUGAAAAGACAGAGCAGUUGUCAGCUAUGGAGGCUGCCCGGACCAGUCAGUGUGCGGAACUGGAGGGCCAGGUUGCCAUGGUAGCUGCCAAUCUCGAGGAGAAAUUGACAGAGGUCAACAGGUUACAGCAACAAGGAGUGCAGAUAAACGAGGAUAUUGAAAAAAAAAGCCAGGAGAUUGCCAGUUUGGAAGAUCAGUUGAAAACUGCAGAGAGCAAGGGGAAAGAACUCUCUAAGAGAUUUAACUCUCUUGACAGGCAACACAAUCAGCUGAAAUCAGAGCAUGAUACCCUCAAGGGAGACCACUCCAGUGUGCAGGAGGAGUUAUCUACCUGUCAGAAACUAGCAGAAGAGAGACGGCAGGAGCUGCUCCAGACACAGCUCAACCUUGGCCAGUUAAAAGAAGAGAAAGAAAAAGAAGUCAAUGGGCUCUUAGAAAAGAUUACAAAAAUGAAGACAAAACAAGAGAAGCUUAAAGAGGAUCUUGACCAGACAAGGAAGAAUGUUGAAUCUAGCAGACAGUCAGUGUUGGAGACGAGCAGUCAGCUGACUACUGCCCAGCAGGCGUUGAAGGAUAGCCAGGCUGAGGUCACACAACUGACCACCAACAAGGACAAGGCUGUUAGUGAACUUAAAGGGAGGAUAUCAGAGAUGGAAACCAAGCUUCAGAAUACCGAAGUGGAGGCUGAGAAAGUCCAACAAGCACUCAGACAACAGUUAGCAGCAGUGGAGAGUGAAAAAUCCAAACUACUGAGUCAGAAAUCUGACUUGGAACAGAGGGUUUCCUCCCUUGAAUCUGACAUCUCUGAGAAGGAGACUGAAAUGCAGGAGAAAUGUGACACACUUACAAAAGAUAAGGAAACUCUGUCGGAGAGACUCGCAGCCAUGGAGGCACGAGCCCAGGACACAGAGAAGGAAAAUAGUUCCACACAGAAGCAGUUCAACACACAGAUUCUUGCAUUGCAGGCUGAGAUUGAGGACAAAAAUAAGGCAGUAGACAGUCUACAGGGUGAGGUGGCCCAGCUACAGGGGGUGCUCAAAACAUCACAAGAUCAGUGUGCCACUGUAAAAUCACAGCUAUCAGAUGAGCAGGGUCAGGUGGAGAGUUUGAAGGGUCAGUUGAAGGUCCGGACAGAGGAACUGGAAACUCAGGCUACACAACUACAGACAGUGCAAGGUGAGCUGACAACUGUGAAGUCGAGUCUCGCUGGCCUGGAGAAGGAUCUAGCUGGGAGGAUGGAGGAGCUAGCUGCCAGCAGGUCUGGCCUACAGUCGACAGAGCAUGGUCUACAGGAAAUGGAGUCCAAACUGGCUAGUACUGUGGGCGAACUGACCAUUGCCACCAACCAGGUGCAGGAACUCAGAAGUGAGGUGGCUGGGCUCAAGGAGAGGGGGGAUAAACUGAAGGGGGAGAAAGAGGCCAUUGCUGAAAAGCUUGGUAACACAGCUGAUGAACUGGAUAUAGCUAAUGGUGAAAAUAAGGUUUUGACAGAAAAGUUCAAUGACACAAAUGCAGAACUUGAAACUUGUAGGUCAGCUCUUCAGGAAAAGAAUACACAACAUGACAAAUUGCAAGAGGAGUUUAAUUCAUUACAGACAAAGUGUAAAACUUGUGAAGAGAAAUUAAAAGAACUGGAAACAAAGCUAAAUGAAAGGGAAUAUCAGUUGGAAGACAGAGGUGCUAACUUGAAUGACCUUACAAAGAAAAAUAGUGAACUCACAAACAAACUUGAAAAUACUCUAGAGGAAAUAGACUUGUGUAAAAGUGAAAUGAAAACUCUUGGUGAAGAUCUUAAAGCCAGUGUAGAAAAAACAAAUGAUCUUGAAAAACAGCUAGCUGAAACCAAAGAAGAUUUAAGCAGUCAACUCGCAUCUAAAGAUGAACAAGUGAAAGUGCUGCAGACUCAACACAGCAAACUGGCUGAUGAGCUGAAUGAAGCCACCGAGCGGGAGAGACAGCUGAAUAACUCAUUUGACGAGAUUAGUGAAGUACGUACAGCCAUGAACGCCCAGAUGGUCCAGCUGGACCAGGAACUGCAAGAGGCCAGGGCAGCUAGGGACCAACUCAUAAAGUAUAAGGAGGAGACAGAGCCUGAGGUUGCCUCCCUGAAGACAGAGGUGGAACAACUCAAGUCCAUACAGGAGUCUAAUGAGGAGGAGCUUACACGUCUACGUACUUUCCUUGAGCAGGAAAAGACGGGAAGGAAACAGGAGGUACAUGAACUAGAGGAAGCAAGGGGUCUGCUGAUUGGUCAGAAACUGGAGCUGAAGAACCAACUAGAGGGAUUUGAAGACAAAGUGGCAAAGGCUGAAGCUGCUGUAGAGGCUGCCAAGAAUGAGGGAGAACAGGCUGCUGACCACAUGAAGCAGGAGAAUAGCAGGCUUAAAGCACAGCUGGAUGAGAAGACCAAGGAGACAUCAACCUUAGAGAGGAAACUGGAGGAGGAGAAUGCGCGGACUGACUUACAGAUGUCUGUCCUCAACGAGAACUUGGGGACAGUACGGGCCGACCUCGUUACUGCACAGACCCAGCUGGCAGAACUCACCAAGCUGAGUGACGAUCUGAAGGGAGAGAAACUAGAGCUUGAAGCCAAGUUAGAAAACAACAAUGAUGAGAGAAGAAUGUUGCUAGAAAGGUGUGUUAAGAGUGAGGGGGAGCUAGAGAAGCUACAACAGAAGAACCAGGAGUUGAAGAGGAAGACUGAGGACCUGAACACAGCCCUACAUGACAUGGGCAGGGAAAACCAGAACCUACAGAUCACAACCACAAAGACCCAGUCCAGGAAGUGGGCAGAUGACGGUGAAGCGAAGGAAUGUAGCUCCUGCUCCAAGAAAUUCUCCGUUACAGUCCGCAGGCACCACUGCCGUCAUUGUGGCAACAUAUUCUGCCAUGAAUGUUCCUCACGAGAAGCGAAGAUCGCUAUGGCAAAGAAACCAGUCAGAGUUUGUGACGCCUGCUAUCUGGAGAUUGCUGAGUGACGAUUCCUGCCCUGGGGGGAAUACACAUCCCCAGGGAAUUGAUGAACUCUUCCUAGAAACAUGUUUUACUGGAGGGGUUGAUUAUCAUCAGUAGGGUUAUGUUUACAGUACGCGUAUACCAACAUUUACCAAUAACUGCCGCAAGACAUUUAACAGACUAUUUGUGAGAUGAUGAUUGGAUUGAAAGGCUAGCAGUUUCAGAAUGCUUCUUUAUAAAUGUGGUAUUAUGGGACCAGAGUGCACUUAAGGUUGUGAUAUUGCAAAUAAAUGUUGAUAUUGUUUACUGACAAAGACCAUAAUACAUGUGCUGCUGAACUACAUUUUAUUACAUUUUCCUGAACCAUUUUAUGACACAAGUCUGAACCCACCAAUAUCCUAAGUAUGUGCUGAAUACUGUAUGCUUGUACCUCAUAUAUACGUGUACUUGUAUUUUACUAUUAGUUUACAAUCAUGCCAUAUCGUUUCCUUCAUAAUUGUAAUCUUGUAUAUAUGCUUGGAGAUAUGGAUGCCAUAUAGGUGUAUGGUGAAGUGUUAUUUUAGGUAUGAAAUGUACAAAAAGCCAAAUUUUAACAAAUUAAAGAUUUUAACAUUUAAUGUUAAGGUAUACUAGUGUGAUAAAGUGAUAGGUUGUUAUAUAUAUAGUUAUAUUGGUGUUGAGUCAAAAAGAAAGCUUAAUAUGCCAUAUUUGCAUUAUAUCAUAUUUUUAAUGGAAAAAAAUAAAACUUAUAAACAUGC